AUAUUUUUGUAAUAAACAGCCUUUUUCGUAACCUUCCAUUAUUUCAUGCAUUCAAAUUAAAAUCUUUUCCUUAUAUAUAUUACAUUGAUACGCUACUUUCCUUGUUUUCUAUGACCAAAACCCACCUAAAUUCAGUAACCCAAAUACCUUUUAGAUCUCUGUAAGUGAUCGGAAAAUGGGUACAACUGAGAGAUCAAAAAAGAGGGUUCAACUAUGGAAGAAAGCUGCUGUUCAUUUUGCUUUGUGUUUUGUUAUGGGGUUCUUCACAGGCUUCGCUCCCACAUUUAAACCUUCCAUCUUUUCUAAACCUGCUGUGAGUACAUCAAAGAAAGUAGAGUUUUCACCUCAACCAAUUGAGCCUCCGCAACAAGUAGCAAAUGUCGAUAGAAGUUUGAUAGCAGAAGCAGAAAAUUUGACUAUGCAGGCAGCAUCAUCCCCUCCAUGGUCUGAAGAAAACUACUCCGAAACCGAAAGGAGGAUGUCAGAAGAUGAAGAAGACGAAGAGAAAAAACCCAGCUUGACACCAAGAAGAUUCAUAAUCAUAGUCACACCAACAAGCACCAAAAACCCACUAAAAUGUGUGUUUCUGAGAAGACUGGCCAACACCAUCAAGUUGGUUCCUCAGCCAUUGUUGUGGAUUGUGGUGGAAGGGAAGACCGAGUCUAAUGAGGUUUCUGAAGUUCUUAGGAAAACAGGUAUCAUGUAUAGGCAUUUGGUUUUUAAAGAGAACUUCACAGAUACUGAGGCUGAAAUGGAUCAUCAGAGGAAUGUUGCUCUCAAGCACAUUGAGCAGCACAAGCUUAGUGGGAUUGUUCACUUUGCUGGGCUUUCCAAUGUCUAUGAUCUUGGCUUCUUUGAUCAGCUCAGAGAAAUUGAGGUGUUUGGGACAUGGCCAAUGGCAAUACUAGCAGCAAACAAGAAAAAAGUGAUCAUUGAAGGACCUGUAUGCGAUUCUUCACAUGUGAUAGGAUGGCAUAUCCUAAGGAAAAUGAACAACACUGAUCAAACAGAUGAGACUAACAGACUUCGCAUUCAUAUUUCAAGCUUUGCAUUCAACAGCUCAAUCCUAUGGGACCCUGAAAGAUGGGGUCGUACUUCAUCACUUCAAAGCACCUCUCAGAAUUCCAUGAAAUUUGUAAAGCAAGUGGUUCUUGAAGAUGAGACAAAACUAAAGGGAAUCCCACCAGAAGACUGCUCAAAGAUCAUGCUUUGGUCCCUUCAUUGAGUCACACCAAACAAUCAACGAAAAGAGAAAUUCAUUGUCCAAAGGAAAAAAAAAAAAAUCAAUCUUUGAAGUCAUUUUGCUUUUAUUAAUCUCCUUCAUUUCUUCUCCUUGUCUAAAUUUUUGAUCAGAUAGGUAAUACCACGAGUACAUUCUUACUACUCAAAUAUGUAGCUGAAAUCACUAAACUCAUGUUAUACGAGUUGCUUUUGUUCUAUUAUAUAGAACGCAAUGAAAGAGGAUAAUUUACCCUUUUUUCUUCAUCCCUUUGGUACUCAAUGCUAUAAUGAGACAUCUUUU